CGGUGCUGCGCGCGUCCUGCCGCUCUGUCUGACUCCUCGCCAAGACUUUCCUGUUGGACACACACUCGCGAGCGCACGCCACCUUAUUUUAUUUUUCAUUCUCUUGUGUUUUUUUGUUUUUGUUUUAGUCUUUCCUUUUACAAACGUGGACUAUUUCUCGGAGGUAACAAUGGCCUGAGAGAUGUAGCGCGAUCAGCAGCUCUGAUUAGGGCGACUGAAUGCCGGCGCCGUGCGUAAGUUAGGAGCAGGUGGAUGGAGAGGCUGGCGGGAUGCAGCUUUCCAGUAGGUCAGAGCCGCUUCGGGGGCGGCAGGACUUCGCAUUCUCGGGUUCUCGGGACACUUUUGCUACUCUGGACGUGAUAUGAGGAUGGUAUUUUUCUGUGGAAAACUGAGAUGUGAUAAUUGAUGCUCCUCCUAUGUGAAAAUUUCUGAGUCAUCCUUAUCCCUAGAGCCCCACACCCUUGGAAGUCAAAGUCUUAUAUUCCCAGGACCCCAGGCUCUUACCUUUAUCCUUGAAUCCAUCACUCAAAGCCUCUUUUAAAUGUAUUUCUGUAACUUUUAUUAGUAAAAGCAGUUCUUUGAAACAUGUCAUUUGAACCCUUGACUCAUUAAUAUUUCCCAUCAUCACUGUACCCUGGAUUAGAGAAACCCAUAACCCUUUAGGAAAUUAGACCACUUUGCUCUCAGCAGUCAUGGCCUUGGAUCAGUUGCCCUUCCUCCCAACUUCCCCUAACAAUUCCAUCCCUGAGCCCUUCUGGUACGACAUCCAAGGGAAUGACUCCGACCUGGGCUUCAACAUUUCCCAAGACAAGGAGCAUCACCAGGACAAGACCAGCUCAGUGGUCAUUACCUUCAUCUACUUCAUGGUAUGCGCUGUGGGAUUGUGUGGUAACACCCUGGUCAUCUAUGUUAUUCUACGUUACGCCAAAAUGAAGACGGUGACCAACAUUUACAUCCUCAACCUGGCAGUGGCAGAUGUUCUGUGCAUGAUGAGCCUGCCAUUCAUCGCCCUGCAGCUGGCGCUGGUGCACUGGCCCUUCGGAGAGGCUCUGUGCCGAAUGAUCUUGAGCGUAGACUCUCUCAAUCAGUUCACCAGCAUCUUCUGUCUCAUGGUAAUGAGCAUCGAUCGAUACCUGGCUGUGGUUCACCCUAUUAAGUCUACAAAAUGGCGGAAACCCCGUGUAGCAAAGCUAAUUAACCUCACAGUAUGGGGUGUGUCGUUGUUAGUCAUCCUGCCAACUCUGAUCUUCAGUGGACUGAACAAGGUUCCAGUGUGUGGCAUUGUGUGGCCGGAGCCUCAGGAUGUCUACUACACGGCCUUCAUAUUCUACACCUUCUUCAUUGGGUUCUUCCUGCCGCUGGCAGUUAUAUGUAUGUGCUACCUGCUCAUUAUAGUCAAGGUGAAGUCAUCCGGAUUGCGUGUGGGCUCCACAAAGCGUAAGCGUUCAGAGCGCAAGGUGACCCGGAUGGUGUCCAUCGUGGUGGCGGUGUUCGUCCUCUGCUGGCUGCCUUUCUACAUUUUCAAUGUUACCUCUGUCACCGGCUCAAUCAAGCCCACCUCUGCUGUGAAGAGCACGUUCGACUUCGUGGUGGUGCUCGGCUACGCUAACAGCUGCGCCAACCCCAUCUUGUACGCCUUCCUGUCAGACAACUUCAAGAAGAGUUUUCAGAAUGUUCUGUGCUUGAAAAAGGUGGCAGGCCUGGAUGAGGUAGAGCGCAGCGACAGCAGGGCAGACAGGAGCAAGAUGAUUAACGAAGCUUCGAUUAUUAAUGCCAACCUGUACACUCACAAUCCUACCCUGCUCAAUGGCGAACUGCAGACCAGCAUUUAAAGGAGUGCCAGUAACAGACUGACAGGCUGCCAGUGUACUGUGGUAACCCCAAGUUAAAACACAAAUGAGAAAACGGAUGAUGUAAGAACUGCUCGUGGACACUGAUGCAUGAGCAAAGUCGAAUUGAAAAAUAAACAAUUUCUUAAUCUUUUUAAAGGUCAGGGGAAGUGCACUGACUCGAGCUCAAAAUUCUUGUUAAUUGGGUUAAUGAAGCAACUUGAGCUUAUUAACCCCAAGGCGGAGCAAGAAUAUGUAUUUUACUCAAGUACUUUUCAGAGAUAAGUGACAUGAAACAUUUAUAAGAAUGCUAUUUGUGCUUGCCAGCUUCAAGCUUUUAUGGAGUUGCCCGAAAUGAUCUUGAGGAGGCAGGAUGUGAAAGUGGAGCGUGGUGGAAAGGACGAAGAAAUAUUUUGGAUAGUACUCCAAUGGCAGAGAGAAGUCUGAGGGGACCGAGUACCAUCCUUGCUCUAGUUGACUGAUUUUUUUCUCUUUUUUAAAAUGUGUGUGUGUGUGUGUGUGUGUGUGUGUUAGCUAAAAAACUUUAGGCAACGAUUUCUCCGGAUGUGGAAGUACCAUGGAGAGAAGUAGGCAAAACAUUUGAUUGAAAACAGCCAGCUCUGUAAUUCCCCAGAGCCUCGAAGAUAAGAAUCUGAGUCUACAACCUGAAGGUUCAUGCUCAUAUUUUAUUCAUAUCAGGUGAUUAGUCUGGUCUUACAUGAUCAGCGGGGCAACGAAACGGCAAAGCCGACAAACAAAGGAUGUUAUUUUCUCUCCAUUCUAGCUGGUAUCAAGAUGGAAGAAGCUACAGAUCUGCAAACCUCUGAAUAUUACAUCCUGGAUUAUUGAUUUAGUGAAAGAAUGGGAAACUGUGUCUGUCUCUAACCUUGUUCCCUUACAACAGUUUGACUUUGUGCAUAGGAAAAAGGCUUUCUCUCAACCUCUUGGGAAACUUCACAAAUGUGGAUGUGUUGAAAUCAAAAACAAUUUUAAAGGAAAAACCUGCUAUUACAUUGUGUAUUUCUGAGUUUGUAAAGUCCCAUCAAAAGUAUUUUUACCGUAUCCUGAACUUUACAUUACUUUGUGCCGUUGUAAAGAGCCCCCAUAAGUGUAAAGUGCUGUGUUUUGGCAAUGUAAGAGUUCCCAAUUUAAUGUCGUAACACUCUGCUCAGACUCACAUUUGGUUCAGCCAGCGUGUGCCUGCAAAGAUGCCGAAAUUUCACAGAAGGCGGACAAAUGUGUCAUGUAACCGAACAGGGAAGGAGAGAGAGAUGGAUGGAUAAGGAGACGCAGAAACAUAAAAAAAGAACUAAAGCUUGUGGAUGCAGUGUAUGCGCUGAGAACACAACACACGUGAGGACAAUGCUUUGAAGACUGAAGUGUGCUGUGUUAGCAUGACUGACAGGAAGAGAUCAAGGUGACAACUUGAAAAAUAAUGCAUUAUUUCUUCAAAGACACAGUGUUUCCAGAGCCGGGAUGUAUUUCUUCAUAAAUAAAUGUAAGGAUAGCUCAAACAUGCAGUUUAUACAGUGUAUUACAUUUAAAAAGUCAUUUGUCGUGGACUUGUUUGCUAAAUGGUAAUAAGAAACACGACCACGAGAGGCAGCAUAGUCUAGUAACAAUUGAUGCAUUUGCACUUCCGUAAAGUCCUUUUUUAAGGAAUAUUAAAUGGAGUGCUUUUGUUGAUUUCCUGUGUGAUGGAUGUCCAUAUUAAACAUGUAGUUUGAAAUAAUGAGGCUUGUGUAUGUACAGGUAACAUCUAAGAUCCAAACAUUUGGUCUUCGUGAUUCGUUUUUUCUAGAAUCGGCUCUCUAGGAUGUCAGUGAGACGGAAUAUUCCUAAAAUUAUCAUCUCAGGCUUAUAGCUCUUGCUGUGAGCACAAAGCUCUGCCUUUUCAGACCUUCUGCUUGCGAGGGGCAGCCAAUCAGAAGAAAACUGGCACUAGAGCUUGUUUCAGACAGAGGGUGAAAUGAGGUGCUGCAUCAAUGCUCAGUAUGGUAUAAUUUUGAGCUUUUACUGCGCAAAGCUACUCUAGUAAACCCCAAGAAUAAUUCAUGACAUGGAGUUGGAAAUUAGCAUAAUAGCCCCUCUUUUAAAAUCAAGGACACUGCUGCUGGGAACAUGUCACACAUUUCCGGACACAUUCAAGUUUUAUGUCCAAAUGAACAGUUCAGCAAAGUUUAGAUAUAUGAAAAUAUCAGGUCAAAACAAAUUUAAAACCACAUGUAGUUGGUCUUCACAGUCGCUAGAGUUUGUUGUUGCGGUAUAUGGCAAACAGCAUUAUGAUCAACAUAUUUUGAAUAGUAUUUCACUAUCUCUCAAUUGCAUUUAAUGCAUUGAAUUAAGAGCGGAAAUAAUAAGUAGACAGCUAUAGCUCAAAUUUGCGACCAAGUCUAUUAUUACCGGACAUUUAUAUAUAUUUAGAUCUAUAUUUUGAGACUCUGGGUUGCUUGCAGGGUGGUUCAAGCCUCGGCAGUGUUGGUCUGUCAGUUCACUAUUUUGCUAAAUUGAUCAGACCUCUUUGAUGAAUUAAGAUGUUUUGGCGAUCCCUUAACAUUCCAUCAAUUGCCAUCGUCAGGUCUGUCAUUUACACUAUUUGAUAAUGUGGUUUAAAAUCCAAUUACCUGCAAAACUAAUGGAAAGAAGUUAUUGGUUCAGCAGGUUUAAACGCCUGUAUACAUAUUUAGUUAGAUACUCUGUGUUCCAGAACAUACAGAGCUGAAUAGAGAGCAUGGUAUAAGGGAAACAUGACUUUUCUGUCCAGAAUAAGGCCCAAAAUAAAAUAGUGAGUUUUGAAAAGUGCCAAUUCCAUUCAUAGUCUUCAUCAGGAUUUUGACCAUGACCUACAUAAUACUGAAUCAGUCAAAAGUAGAUGUCCAAAAUUUAAACAGCAAUGCCUCUGAUUAGUUAAAGCUGGUGUUGUAAUGGAAAUGUUCAAACCCACUAACACUUAAUGAGCAUGAAACGUAAGAAACCCUAAUCCCAAACACACACAACACAAAUUAUAAAAUUCAUUCAAAAAGACUACAGUAAUGUCAAGGAUUAAAUUCAGGAAGUUUGGGAGAUAUUUGCUGAGGAAUGUAGUAGUUCCUUCACCAUUCAAAGUAUUUAUAUAAACAGAUUUUCAUGUUACAGUUCACCUGGUAGCUGCUCAGCUUGGGUCAAGGCUUCAAACAUUUAAUAUGAAGGUUUCUUGGAGAAAUUCCCUUCUGGAACUAGAGCCCUUGGAAAAGUAGGCGCUCAUUGAUGCUGACAUCCUGACAAUUAUAUUAUACAGAUAUUUAGCGAGUGUGUUAACCUUUUAACAUUGUGUUUAGCAUGUUAGCAUGCUAGCUUUCCUUGAAUUUGCAACUCAGUCAGAAACAUUAGCAAGCUAACAUGUUAGCAAGGAGUAAAAAUGUUCAAUAAAUAUCUGCAUAAUAAACUGCUAUCAAUGUAAAGAUGUUAGCAUGCUAAAGUCAGGGCUUAGAUUAAGUAAAGCCAUGGAGCCACAAGGGCUACAGGAUAUGUUUAGCCUCUUUGAUUUGGAAGUCUUCUUAUAUAUCAGAUAGUGUUUAUAUCGUCCAUCAUUACUAAUUUUAACUUACCUACAGCAACUGGCUAGCAAAAACAUGACCAAUAUAGAUAUAAUUUAUUCUGUAUGAGCAAAAUGGGCUUCAGCAAAAAGAUCUUCACAAUAGCCUGAAUUUAGAAACCCUUACCACGUCCACAGAACACAUCCCGUUCUGUUCUAGCUAUCAUGAUUUUACUCACAUCCACUUCCACAAGACACCUUCACAACACCUGGUUCCCAGACUAUUUGUCAAAGCCUCUACAGCAACAACAAGAUUGCUGGGUACACGCUCCACUGUCAGAUUGAGUUGGUUCCAGUAUAUCAGUCAGGCCGGAAGCUCGCAAUCAAUGCAAUCAAAAGAGAUGAGGUAGAAGAGGCUACUCCUAAUAAUAUUAAUGUGAGGCUCUGCACACACAGAGAGGCAAGUCCCAGUUUGUAGCAGGCAACACACCCAGUAAUUUGUCGUGACAUUCUGUCUGUGUUGUCACUGCUGCAGGUAGUAUUUCCAGCAGGGUCAGUCGCACCUUCAGUAACAGGUCAGAACAGGAUUACAAAGAUACCCUAUGAAUCAUGUUUAUGGAAGUUUGUAGGCAUGCUGUGAUUUAAUGUGCUUUAGCCCUGUUUCAUACUCUGUCACACAGACAUCCUUGUACUAUAGUCUGAAAAAUACAUGAAAUGACGAUGGCGACCGGACUGUGUAUGUAACAGCAAUCAAAGAGUGAACAGUAAACAGGAACCGUAAUGAAGUAUAUGCAGUAUAUUUUAGUAUGUUUUCCUUUUUCUGCUUUACUAAAUAACAUGUGCACCGCGGUGAAAAGACUCAUUUCAGAUCCUCACCCACUGCAGUUAAGGUAUUUAGCGUCUUCAAGCCUGCAGUGUGAGAACUGAUGUCCCAUCAUCCAGAGUUAAUUACUUGAACUCUCUGUGUUUUUCUGUCUGUUUCUUUCUCAGUCUUUCAGUCACAUUCACGGCUGGUGGAGUGAAAUGUGAGCUGACGCACUUUUUACACCCACCUAAAGUGAACGACGAAAUGUACUGAACCAUACUGAAGAAAACACACAAAACACCGUUUCCACUGGCUACUCGGACACGCU